AUGUCUAACACUCAUCAAGAUAUCGAAAAUGGCGGUGUCGACGUUCCGGGGCCGUCAGAGAGUCUGAAAAUUGCACCACCGUCGUUGGAAUUGAUGAUUACGAUCAUCAGUAUAGUAUGGAUGAUCGUGGCGUUCCUUUUGAAUCUCGACUUUCCAAUCAGUGAUGGCAACAAAGUCCAGAACACUUUAUACCAUCAGUAUAAGAUGUCCUUCUACUUUAUUGUUAUGAUCAGCGUCACAGCCUUCUACUCCACGUCCGUGUGGAUGAUGAUGAUAGUGGGUAGAUGCCGGCCCCCCAUAGCCAGAAAUCUCAUCCUCGUUAUCUUGGUUCUUGGAGUACUAGCUUCCACAGUAUUACUGUAUGUCCUGCUACCAGAGAAGUCCAGUUGGAUCGUAUGGUUCUUCUUUGCACUGACCAUCUGGGUCAUGUUGAUUAUGCAAGAAUGUGAGUGGGCCACCCAAUUGAAGGGCAAGAUUUGCAAGCCGGUUGAGGAAGGGUGUAAGUUGGCCACCCGAUGGACCAUAGACAAGAUUCACACCCUUUAUGGUUAUCGUUUCUGUUGUCUACCUAUUCGUAGUCCCAGUUGUAGAACGAGCCAGACAGUGGUAGUCAUCCUCAUCAUCAUAUUCAUAUGAGAUUUCUACGCCGAUGGACCGUUUAUACAGAAGAUAUGAAGGAAGGAGGAGGAAAGUGAAGCCAAGGUUGAGCGCAUAUCGGUCAGGAGUGAGGAGGGGUACAAGCUACGACUAUAGUAAAGAGUAGUAUUAAUGGACGACUGGUUUAGGGUCAUUGACCAAUAUUAUGUUUUAAUUUUUGAACCUUUCCAUUCUACUGAGAACCGAUAGUUUGAUAAUUAUUAUGACUGGUUUUUACUAUUA